ACCUGCCCAUUCAGUACGACGUCUAUAUAUAUCUAUAGCCGUAGUGUAUGUAUGUUCGUACGGAAUAUAAUCAUACGAUGGGAAUUUGCACUUCUUCUCACGUGGUGGGAUGGCCUAGUGGUGGAAGAUCAUUCGUGCCCAAGCCUUCCACGGCGGCGGCGGUGGUGGUCAACGAGAACGGGGAGGUGCAGGAACGUCGGCGGCCGGUGAAAGCGGCCGACGUUCUGUCGGAGAAUCCGAACUGCUUCCUCUCCAACUCGGAGUCGAUGAGCGUCGACUCCGAGAUACCUCAGGUGCGGGGAGACGAGGACCUCGAGAUCGGGCAGCUCUACUUCCUCCUCCCCGUCUCGAAGGCCCGCUCCCCGCUCUCCCUCCAGGACAUGUGCAAGCUCGCCGCCAAUGCCAGCGCCGCCCUCAACGGCUAUUUCUCUCCGGUCGCCGGAGCUGUUUCCCGCCGCCGGGGACUGGGCUUUGACUGUGCGUUGUAACAAAAUUUUAUUAGUACUGCGUACGGGAAGGGAUCAAAUAGCGUAAGACCCGAAUAAUUACAUAUUUAUAUCGACAUAUAUAUGGUUGAAUUUAUGUUUUAAUAUGAAGUGCGCGCCUUUUAUUUAUUCCUUUGUUUUAUGGGAACAAGAAUAUGGCAGGGUUGUAAUUAUAAUAAAAGUACUCCUGUAUU